CCUGAGUGCAAUCCCCGGUACCAUAAAUAAAUACAUAAUAAAAGAAGAAUGAGAAAUUAGAAGGAAGCUAAUGUUGUAAAAGCACUUACAUAAAUCUCCACACCCUUUAUGUGCAACAUUAUUGUAAGGAUUGUAAGGUAUCAUUAUGGUAAGGAGGGUUCGUUCUCUCCACUUUACAGAUGAGAAAGCUGUAGCUGGGGAGGGAGAAACUUGCCCAGCAAUAUAAGGUUCAGACACCUACAGGCUUCCUUCUAACAUAAUAUCUAUGUUGCAGAAAAACAUAGGAGGGUUUCAAAAGUCUUAAGGAGUUAGUAUAGCUAGGUGUUAUUGUGCAUGCCUGUAAUCCCAGUUACUUACUUGGGAGGCUGAGGCAGGAGGAUUGCAAGUUCAAGACCAUCCUGGGUAACUUAGACCCUCUCAGAAGAAAAAAUUUUAACAGGCCUGGAGACAUAACUCAGUGCUCCUUGGGUUCAAGCCCAUCAGUGGUAGAAUCUUACCUGUGUAUCAUGAGUGUGGUAGUAUAAAUGCCAGUUGGGCCAAAGCUAAAUAUUGUCCCAGCCAAAACUGCACAGUUCAACACCCAUAUACCUAAAUUACAUUGUGUUACUGCACACUUCAGAUAAUAUAGACUUCAAAUACUGGCAUAGUAAGAAACGGAAUUUACAAAGAAGGUUCUAAUUCUAUUGAUACGCUAUUUGCUUUUCAGGAUUCUAUAUUUUAAGAACAAUUAUUAGUCAUCUCAAAUUCUGGGUCACUGAGCCUCCCCAAGGGUUGUUGCUGGUUGACCAGCACUUGUUUUGAGGAGACUGAAACCAGGAAAGAUGGAGAGGAACUGACUUUUGAUGGCUUUGAUUUUGGAUUGGAGAAAAAAAGGCUUUGAAAACCUUGGCAACUCUGGAAUUUUGUAAGAUACUAGCAUAUCCUGGAGAGUCAGAGGCUUUGCAGAAACCUAAUGUCAGAGUGCAGUGUGAUUCUGCAAAGUCUUGACCAGUAAGAGGAAGUGAUAUAAAAUGUAUUAUUUUUAGCAUUUUUGAAUUUUUGCCAGUUGCAAAUUCACUUUGCAUUUUAGAUUAUUAAUCCAAGGUAUAUGUACACAUAUGUCUAAAGGGAGCUUAUCUUCUUAGUUUCCAAAUUUUUCUUCAGGCUUUGUCUUGUUUUGGAUCCCCAGGCCCAAGUUUCCCACCCUGUCAAGGAUGAUUCUGCAGCCCAGCCUGCUGUCAGCUCAAAUCCAUCUGCUCAGAUGUGUUGGACUUUACAAAUGUUACAUAGACCUGUUUCAGCAGCUUGUAUUUUUACUAGGGUCGUAUUGGGUCAAUAGAUAAGGUAAAGGGAGCUGGAAGGAGAGGUUGAUUGUGCAAUAUAGAUAGUUUUUUAAACUAAGACUGGUGUUUUGUGCUUUUUGUUCAAUAGUUCUUUUCCCCCUGCUAUGUUUGAGGGAGAAGUACCCCAGCAACCUCGGCCCAUAGGUUACAAUUACUGGCCUACAGCUGUACUGCUUGAGGAUCAUCUUUAACCAAAUCUUUUAAACUGUUAGGUUAAGCCAUGUAUAACUGCUGAAUGCUGGCUAUUUGACCAAUUUCCACUAAUUUUUUUUUCUAUUAAUGUAACCUAAUAGCGGGACAUUCUAUAUUAUCAGUGGAUGUUUCUGUGCUGGGACGUUCGGGGUAAGACAGACGUAAUAUUUCCAGAGUAAGGGGACGAGGGCUGCUCGGAAGAGGUAUCCGAACCCUGAAGGUUGCCAGCUCUUGGAGUGCUGAGAGACCAGAACGCCAGAGCAGCCUCAGCUCUAAACCGAGUUUUCGCGGGCAGCGCCACUUGCCACGCCCCUCUGCGGCCGCCGUAGAGCGUAGCUGCGCGCAUGGCUCCGCCCCUUCUGCGCCUUCUGUGACGCAGGCGCCGUGGGCUUUUUGAGCGGGAAAAGAAAGUCGGCUCUGCUGGAACUGGAGCAGCUGUGACCCUCUGUGUUCGCGGAGGCUGCCUUCCCCCGGCCCAGCAUGGGGCUACUGGAGCUGUGCGAGCAGGAGUUUGGUACCGACGACCUUUACCGGGUGCUGGGCGUGCGGCGCGAGGCCUCGGACGGCGAGGUCCGACGCGGCUACCACAAGGUGUCCCUGCAGGUGCACCCCGACCGGGUGGACGAGGGCGACAAAGAGGACGCCACCCGCCGCUUUCAGAUACUGGGGAAAGUCUAUGCAGUUCUAAGUGACAAGGAGCAGAGAGCAGUGUACGAUGAGCAGGGAACAGUGGACGAGGACUGUGCUGUGCUCAACCAAGACCGGGACUGGGAGGCGUAUUGGAGGUUACUCUUUAAAAAGAUAUCUCUAGAAGACAUUCAAGCUUUUGAAAAGACGUACAAAGGUUCUGAGGAAGAGUUGGCCGAUAUUAAACAGGCCUAUCUGGAUUUCAAGGGUGAUAUGAACCAGAUCAUGGAGUCUGUGCUGUGUGUGGAGUAUACAGAGGAACCCAGGAUAAGAAAUAUCAUUCAGCAAGCUAUUGAUGCUGGAGAGGUCCCUUCCUAUAACGCCUUUGUUAAAGAAUCAAAACAAAAAAUGAAUGCAAGGAAAAGGAGGGCACAAACAGAGGCUAAAGAAGCAGAAAUGAGCAGGAAGGAGUUGGGCCUUGAUGAAGGAGCCAAUAACUUGAAAGCACUCAUUCAGAGCAGACAGAAGGAUCGGCAAAAGGAAAUGGACAGUUUUCUGGCUCAAAUGGAAGCAAAAUACUGCAAAUCUUCCAAAGGAGGAGGGAAAAAAGCAGCCCUCAAGAAAGAAAAGAAAUAACGGAAUUUUUCUCUUUAAAGGUCCUAAGGCAUCAAUUGAUGCUAUUGUAGGCAAGGUAUAUUCAAGAUUUGAAGGCAGAGUUAACCUAACCCUUAAGAGAAGUUGUCCUUCCAGCCUAAAUUAUUUAGAUUGACUAAACCUAACAAUUUCUCAACCUGGUCUUAGAUUUCCUAGAAAUCAUCUGACAUCAUGAGAAUCCCUCACAGGAAGGAAUGUGGCCAUGAUAGUUGGGAGGGCAGUGUCUUGGGAGCUCCCUCUAGGAGAUGGGUCUGUCCAUCCUGCUUUCAGUGAUGUGCACAUCUGGGAACCAUACUACACCUGGCUAGAACAGAGUACUUGCUGAACAGGUAGCUGUCUUCCAAAUAAUUGCCAGCUUUCAUUUGGUUCUAAUGAUCUUAAAUAGACUCUCUGUCCUUUUUAUUAGUCAGGUUUUGUACUCUUAUCCUUAAAUUAAAGGAGAAAUAGGUAUUUAGAUUACUUCAAACAUUUUUGUAAAGUUGUGUGUGAUUAAAUAAACAAGUAAAAAAAAAGUUCUGGUGGCUUUUUAAAUGAUCCCAUUGAUCAUUUAAAAUGUGAUCUAGAAGAAAUAUGAAUGGUAUUUAGGGUAGACAAAAAGAUUUUUUAAAAUUUCUAGUCAGCAUUAUAAUAGCCUGCAUAAAGAGCUCUUGUUUCCUCCUCUGUAAGAGUUAACCCAUGGUGUCAUAUCAGACAUAUAAUUUUGGUUUCAUUUCAAGAAAUAAACUGCACUAGCUUUGAGAGAACACAGGCAAAAGGGUAAGGAAGGGGCUGGGGAUUUAGCUCAGUGGUUCCACCACCUGCCUUGUGAGUGCAAGGACC